AUGGCGGACGAGGAACCAGCACAAAACAGGUCCUUUCCAAUGCCUCCAGACUACUUCUGGAAAGACUUUACACCCCAAAACAUCGAACGCAUCCAACAGCUGCGCAAUGAAUACAAGGAUGCCACCGGCCUUGACCCCCCGCUUCGAUUACCUUCGCUGCCCGAAGAACUAUGGCACCUCCAACCGCCGCCAGAACCAGCAGAUGGCAAAUGGAAAGUCUUUGGAGAUACGUAUACCCUCAAAGACGAACUCCCCACGCUCGAGGACCAAAACAUCCAACGAGUGAUCCCGACGCCGCCGCCAGCCGACGCCGCCGUGCCCGCGCACGCCGACCGCGCCCUCGUCAUGAAGCGGCUGGCCAAGUCGAUCCUGCUCAACUUUCUGGAGCUGGUGGGCACAAUGGCGGUACAGCCGGCGCACGGCGAGGACAAGGUGGCCGACAUAUCGGCGUUGCUCAUGAACAUGGAGCACGCCAUCAAUGAGUACCGCCCGCACCAGACGCGCGAGCAGCUCAUACAGACCAUGCAGGAGCGCCUCGACCGCACCCGCGCCGAGACGGCCGCCCUCCGCGCCGCUGCGGACAAGGCCAGGCGCGUCCUCGAGGGCCUGGGGAGCAUAAAGGUCCCCACCAGGGAGGAGCUGCUGGGCGACUGGGCCGUCACGAGCGAGGAUUUGGCCAGGGAGGAGGACGCGCGGAGGAGGAAGAGGCAGGCUGAGUGCUGGGAGGCUAUGGAUGCUGCGUUUGCGUAG